AUGUUUGCUGUCCCCAGGACCAGUGCAUCCCAGUGCAGCUCUGUGCCUGAGCCCAGGUUCGGGAGGCGGUUAGGGAACGACUUUGGCAUUGGCACGGUGGUGCUGUUUGAAUGCAAUCCAGGCUACGCUCUGCACGGCGCCACUGCCAUCAGGUGUGAGGCCGUCCCCAACACUGUGGCUCAGUGGAACGGCACUGUGCCCACCUGCGUAGUUCCCUGUGGAGGGCUGCUGACGUCUCAUAAGGGGACCAUCCUUUCUCCUGGUUACCCAGAGCCCUACGCCAACUAUCUCAACUGUGUCUGGAAGGUCUCUGUACCAGAGGGAGCAGGCAUCCAAAUCCAGGUCAUAACUUUUGCCACGGAACACAACUGGGACUCCUUGGACUUUUUCGACGGCGUUGAUGGCAACGCUCCAAGGCUUGGCAGCUAUUCAGGUACCACCAUCCCUCAGCUCCUGAACAGCACCUCCAACAACCUCUACAUAACCUUCCAGUCCGACAUCAGUGUGUCUGCAGCAGGCUUCCACCUUGAGUAUACAGCAAUAGGUUUGGAUUCAUGCCCAGAACCUCAGCCCCCCCUCAACGGUGUCAAUGUGGGCCAGCGCUUCACUGUGGGUGACAUGGUUUCCUUUCAGUGUGACCAAGGCUACUCUCUGAAGGGUAAUGAAUACAUAACGUGUAUGCCAGGGCCCGUCAGACGAUGGAAUUACCCCGUACCUCUGUGCUUAGCUCAGUGUGGAGGCUCUAUGACAGAAUUCAGUGGAGUGAUCCUGAGUCCAGGCUUCCCAGGGAAUUACCCCAGCAGUGUGGACUGUACCUGGAGCGUGCAGCUCCCCAUAGGCUUCGGCAUUCACUUGCAGUUUCUAAACCUCUCUACUGAAGCGGUGCAUGACUAUCUAGAGGUGCGCAGCGGGAGUUUGGAGACGGGUUCGGUGAUCGAUAGGUUCAGUGGGUCUGUUGUGCCUGACUCUCUGUUCAGCACCACACAUGAGACCAGCUUCUUGUUCCACAGUGACUACUCUCAGAACAAACCUGGCUUCCACAUCAUCUAUGAGGCCUAUGAGCUCCAGCGCUGCCCUGACCCGAGGCCGUUCCGUAACGGCGUGGUGAUUGGCAGAGACUUCGGGGUGGGCCUGACCAUCUCGUUUGAGUGCCUACCAGGUUAUACCCUGAUUGGAGAGGUCUCACUCACCUGCCUGCAUGGGCUCAGCAGAAACUGGAACUACCCUGUACCAUCGUGUGAAGCCCAGUGUGGUGGUAAUAUCACAUCUCUGAAUGGGACCAUCUAUUCUCCCAGCCACCCAGCAGAGUACCCAAACUUCCAGGACUGCCUGUGGAGUGUACGGGUUCCCCCAGGGAACGGUAUCUACAUCAACUUCACCGUUCUCAACACUGAACCCAUCUACGAUUACAUCACUGUCUGGGACGGCCCUGACCAAGGCUCUCCUCAGAUUGGUCAGUUCAGUGGGAACACGCCCCAGAAAGCGGUCUAUACCACAGCCAAUCAUGUCCUCAUCAAGUUCCACAGUGAUUUCAGCACCAGCGGGUUCUUUGUACUUACCUACCAUGCAUACCAACUGAGAGUGUGUCAGUCUCCUCCAGCUGUUGCCAACGCGGAGAUCCUCACAGACCAUGACGAGUUUGAAAUAGGGGACAUCAUCAGGUACCAGUGCCUGCCAGGGUUCACCCUGGUGGGCUCGGAGAUCCUGACGUGCAGGCUGGGGGACAGGCUCCAGAUGGACGGCCCUCCGCCUCUUUGCCAAGUACAAUGUCCUGCCAACGAGGUCCGCUUCGACUCGACGGGGGUGAUCCUGAGUCCAGGCUACCCAGACAGCUACCCCAACCUCCAGACGUGUUCCUGGCUCAUCAACGUAGAGAAGGGCUACAACAUCACCCUCCACUUCCAACUCUUCCAGACAGAGAAGGAGUUUGACAUCCUGGAGAUAUUUGACGGUCCUAACAUCUACAGCCAGAUUCUGGCGUCACUAAGCGGUGACAUCACCACGCCCUUUAACCUCACGACCUCAGGUCAUCAGCUUCUUCUGCGCUGGUCCUCUGACCAUGGCACCAACAGGAAAGGUUUCCACGUCAGAUAUGUGGCUAUGUACUGCAGUACCCCAGACUCUCCCCAGCAGGGUUUUGUAGUGAGCCAGACAGGAGGGCAUCUCAACAGUGUGGUGCGUUGGGGCUGUGACCGGGGCUACAGGCUUAUUGGAAAGGCCACAGGUGUCUGUAAGAAGACGGCCUAUGGGUAUUUUGCCUGGGACUCGCCGGUACCUGCAUGUCAAGCUGUGUCGUGUGGCGUGCCCACUGCGCCGCUGAAUGGAGGUGUGCAGGCGGUUGAUUACUCCGUUGGCACACGUUUAACCUACUUCUGCAACAAUGGCUUCAGGCUGUCCUCCAAGGAUCUCACCACCACCGUCUGCCAGCCCGAUGGCACAUGGAGCAACCACAACAAAACACCCCGCUGCACAGUGGUGGUAUGCCCCAGUCUGGGCUCCUUCUCUCUGGACCACGGGAAGUGGACGAUCGUCAACGGGUCCAGUUACGAGUUCAGAACCAAGAUCAUCUUCAGCUGUAACCCGGGUUACUACCGGCUCGGCCCCGCUCACAUCCAGUGCAUGGCCAAUGGGGCGUGGAGCUGGCGGAACGAACGACCUCGAUGCAGAAUCAUUUCCUGUGGAGAGCUGCCCACUCCUCCAAAUGGGAGAAAGAUUGGAACUCAGACUACCUUUGGAGGCUCGGCCAUCUUCAGCUGCAUCCCUGGAUACAUCCUGGUGGGAUCCACCGUGAGGGAGUGCAUGCUGUCGGGACUGUGGAGCGGCACAGAGGCUCAAUGCCUGGCUGGUCACUGUGGUAUCCCGGAGCAGAUUGUGAACGGCCAGGUGAUAGGGGAGAACUUUGGCUACAGAGACACCGUGGUGUACCAGUGUAACCCUGGCUUCAGACUCAUAGGAUCCUCAGUACGCAUCUGCCAGCAAGACCACCUCUGGUCCGGACAGCUGCCGCUGUGUGUCUCCAUCACAUGUGGCCAUCCAGGCAGUCCCAUCUAUGGAAGAACUACAGGGGAUGGAUUCAACUACAACGAUGUGGUCAGCUUCUUCUGUAACAAAGGCUACAUACUGGAAGGAGCAGUCAGAGCCCAGUGCCAGGCGAGCCGCCAGUGGAGUCAACAGCCACCGACAUGCAGAGUGGUGAACUGCACAGACCCAGGCAUCCCGGCUAACUCUAUCAGAGAGAGUAAGACAGAGCACGGUAACUUCACGUUGGGCAGUGUGGUGUUCUACCACUGUAACCCUGGAUACUACCUAUUUGGUUCCUCUGCACUGACCUGUCAACCUACUGGCCACUGGGACAAACCUCUACCUGAAUGUCUCGAGGAGGACUGUGGGAACCCUGGCUCUCCUCCCUACGGUACCAUGGUUGGGGAAAAGUUCUCGUUUGGCUCCCUGGUGCAGUACUCCUGUUCAGGGGACAGAGAGCUGAUUGGAGAGUCAUCAAUCACCUGUCAACUCAAUGGACACUGGAGCGGCCCCAUACCUCACUGUUCAGGAGACUCUGUAGGAAGCUGCGGGGACCCUGGUACACCCGUCCAUGCAAGCAGAGAGGCCAGCAGCUUCCAUCUGCGCAGUAAAGUGCGCUUCACCUGCACUGUGGGCCACACACUAUACGGCUCAGCUGAGAGGAUCUGCUUCCCCAACGGAACCUGGUCUGGGAGACAGCCCUUCUGCAAACCGGUGCACUGUGGUAACCCAGGGACCCCUGCUCACGGCCGUAUUUUCCGGGUCGACGGUACGACCUUCACCCACUCUGUAGUCUACUCCUGUAUGGAUGGAUACCUCCUCUCCGGCAUGCCCACCAGACACUGUCUGGCCAACGGCACCUGGUCCGGCACCGCUCCUAACUGCACCAUGAUCAGUUGUGGAGACCCAGGUGUUCCUGCUAAUGGUCUGAGGUUUGGAGAGGACUUCACUGUGGGCCAGAACAUCUCCUUCAUGUGCCAGCCUGGCUACCUGAUAGAGGCAGGCGGGGCCACAGCUCGCACCUGUACCCACAACGGCACCUGGAGUGCCAUCACACCCAUCUGCAAAGUGGUGACCUGCCCUCGGCCCCCUGACAUCCAUAACGGCCUCCUGGAGGGGUCAGUGUUUGAGUGGGGGACCAGUGUGAGCUACAGCUGCCUGCCCGGAUAUGAGCUCUCCUUCCCAGCUAUCCUGACCUGUGUGGGUCUGGGCUCCUGGAGAGGGGAUCUGCCUCAGUGUCUGCCCAAGUUCUGUGGAGACCCUGGUACCCCAGCCAAGGGGAAAAGAGAAGGACGUAGUUUCAUCUACAAGUCAGAGGUUACGUUCAGCUGUAGCGCCCCCUAUGUCCUGGUGGGGUCAACUACACGCAUCUGUCAGGACGACAGCAUCUGGAGCGGCUCUCAGCCACGAUGCAUAGAACCAUCCAGGACGACCUGUGAGAACCCAGGAACACCUGAGUACGGCUCCAUGAACAUCAGCCUGGGGUUUAAGGUGGGCAGUAAGGUGGAGUUCCAGUGCCAACAGGGCCACCUACUCCAGGGUUCCACCACCCGACUCUGCCUGUCUGACCUGACCUGGAGCGGCUCUCAGCCAACAUGCAUCCCCCACUGGUGUAAGCAGCCCAAAACCCCUCCAAAUGCAGACGUGGUUGGGAUGGACCUUCCUCUAUAUGGCUAUACCCUGCUCUACUCCUGCCAGCCUGGCUUCAUCCUGUCUGGGGGGUCAGAACACAGGGUCUGCAGGUCUGAUGGAAGCUGGACCGGCAAGGUCCCCAUCUGCAGAGUGGGCUCCAAACUGACAGAGAAACCUACCAUACCCUUACAGGGAACGCCAAGACCCAACAUACAUGUCCCUGAUGACGUCUUUGCCCCUGACUUCAUCUGGAGAGGCUCCUACGACUACAAGGGUCAGAAACAACCAAUGACUUUGACAAUCACCAGUUUUAAUAGCAGCUCAGGAACAGUGAACGUGACGCUAAGCGACAGCAACAUGGAGUUCCUGCUGUCCGGAGUGUAUAAGAACCGUGAGGCCAGGUUAAUGCUCCUGCUGUAUCAUAUGAAAGCCCUGGCCCACAGCACGUAUAGCCGGGUUACGGAGGAGACCUGGGCUAUGGAUGGUUUUGUCUCAGCUGAACCUGGUGGUGGCAGUUAUGUAUUCCAAGGCUUCAUACAGGGGAAAGACUAUGGACAGUUCGGACUGCAGAGACUAGGUAUGAAGGUGAGAGAGACGAACAUCACAACUCCGGGAACUCCUCAUGUCACCAACAGUAGCUUUGUGAUCAUAGCCAUCCUGGUACCUUUCUUUGGCCUGGUGUUGGCAGGCCUGGGAUUCUAUCUCUACAAACAACGGAAAACGGAUCAGACCCAGUACAGCGGAUGUUCAGUCCACGAGAACAACAACGGUCAGGCCACGUAUGAGAACCCCAUGUACGACACCAACACCAAGUCUGCAGAGGGGAAAGUGGUUCGCUUCGACCCUAACCUCAACACUGUAUGCACCGUGGUUUGAAGAUAUGGGUGUGCCAAACGCACCGUGAUUUUGAAGAUGGUUUGCCAAACAAAAAGCUUGUUCAGAAACGCAGCACUGGUUUGAUGAUGAUGUUUGAUGUGUGUGCCGAACGGGAUGCUUGAGAGUUCUUGGUUUUAAAAAAAUGUUUUCGAUGUCUUACCUUUAUAAUAUCUCUCUGCAACAGAAAAGCAAAGCACACCUUCAGGAACAAUAGUUGUGUGUAUGGAUGUUGGAUGGGUGAGUCAGCAAGCAGUGCUCAAAUGAGACUGUCCUCUUUUAAAAAAUAAAUCUUCACCAGUUAUUGCUAACUACAGUCUAAUGAAUAAUACCCUCCGACGUAUUGGUGCACAGAGUUGUUUACGCUCUAGUCAACUCAAAGGAUGGAGUGUUGUUAAGGCAACCAAAUGGAACCCUAGUCAUUUCCUGUUGUAGUUAUCAGACCUGGGUUCAAAUACUAUUCGAAAUCAUCCCAAUAAUUUUAGCGUUUGCUCUAGUCUGUCUCGGGGUACCAGAUGGGUGGAGGGUUUGUCCUUUUGCGACUAUAUUUUUUGGGUUCAAUUGCGACAAGCAAGCUCAAUAAAGCACAGAUAAGGUAUUUUAAAUGAAAUCGAUGUAUUUAUUUAUUUUAUUGGACAUAUUUAAAAUAUAUAUAGAGUUGACUCAUUCGUCUGAGCACAACAAUACAUUACAAAUGUGUAUCAAAUCCUAUUUGAACCCAGGUCUGUCUGCUAGUUUUUUUUCCAGUAGUAGUAGUAUAUAUCCCCUCUCUCUGCAUUGCUAGGUUUAAUUCCCCUGGAUCUGAUUAAGAGCGCGUCUCAGACUUAAGGCCUCAAUCAGAUCAAGCACCAACACGAUGAUACCAGACACCCGCAUUGCUGAUGUUCUAGGCGGUGUCGGAGGUGGAACUGCGUUGGAGCCGUCCAAUCAGUGAGCAGCUACUCUUGUGUAUCAUUGUCACGAAGCCACACCCGCCCCACUCGCGUUAGAAGUUCAGACCCCAAUGGCAAUGUCCGCUUUAGGUAUAAUGCCGGGAGCUCUAAAGCGGUUCCACCUCCAACACAUCAAACAUCAGCGAUGCGGAUGUUGGCUAAAGUGGAUCUAAUUUAACCUAAGAGUUCCUCUCAGCGUGAGUCGAUCAAAGUGAUCUGUGCUGUUCAUUUCCCACACUGUGAUGUCAGAGAGAGACAGUGAAACUAGAACGGCUGUUUGAAUACUGUGCUAUACUGUCAGUGUACAUAAUGUCACUGUACUGAACGCACUCUUAACGCCAAUUAUACUUAAGAUUGGAUGUAUCAUGUCUCUACAUCCUGACUGAGAACUUAAGGAUGUAUCGUGUCUCUACCCACUGACUGAGAAUUUAAGGAGAAAUGUUAUCAUAAAAGUACGGUAUUUUCUUUGUGUGAUGGAGAGAACAUGAAUUUCCUUUUCUUUGUUGAGGUUUUGGUUUGAGUUACAGUGGCUUGCGAAAGUAUUCACCCCCUUGGCAUUUUUCCUAUUUUGUUGCCUUACAACCUGA